UGGGAGCGCCCUCAGUCCCAGCAGCCGUUCAGUUUCGGACUCCGGGUUCUCUCAAACAACCUCAACAUGUCUCGUUCGAGUUUCUCCUACAGGUCCUCAAGCGGCAGCGUCAGAGGAUUGGGCGGAAUAGGAGGCAGAUUAUCCUCCGCACGGAUUGUGGGCAGCAGCGGGACUGCCUUCCCCAUACAGGGGAGAGCACAGAGUUUGAUCCUAAGUCAAUCACGGAGAAUAGCGGCACCGCUCCACAGGAGCUCAGGUUAUGGGGGGAGUUCGGGGUUUAGCAGCGGCUUCUCGGGGGCGCUGAUCCAGAAAUCCACUAACAUUGACCUCAGCAGCCCUCUCCCUCAAAAUGACACCAGCCUGCAGAGUGUCCGCUUGGAGGAGAGCAGACAGAUCAAGGGGCUCAACAACCAGUUUGUCAAAUUCAUUGACCAGGUUCGUUACCUGGAACAGAUCAAUAAGAAACUGGAGGUCAAACUGAAUCUCCUGAAAGAACAAGGAGAAUACAAAUCCAACAUCGACAGCAUGUUCCAGACUUACAUCGACAACCUGAAAAGACAACUGGAAACACUGGGGCAGGAGAAACUCAGGUUCGAGGCCGAUCUUGUCCAAAUGCAAGGUCUGGUUGAAGACUUCAAGGGCAAAUACGAAGAUGAAAUUAACAAGCGCACGGAAAUGGAGAAUGAGUUUGUCCUGGUCAAGAAGGACGUGGAUGACUCCUACAUGAGCAAAGUAGAGCUGGAAGCUAAACUGGAAAGCCUCACCGAUGAAAUCGACUUCCUCCGAUCAAUCUUUGAAGAGGAAAUCCGUGAGCUGCAGGCACAGAUUCAGAACACAUCUGUCAGCGUGCAACUGGACAGUGGACCCAAACUGGACAUCGAACAACUCAUUACUGAAGCCAAAAUUCAGUAUGAAAACAUGGCCAAUCAGAGCCGUAAAGAAGCGGAGAUUUGGAAACAGACUAAGAUGCAGGAACUGAGCAUGUCGUCUGGACAAUACGGGGAUGAGCUCCGUGUGACCAAGGAUGAGGUUAAACAGAUGAAUCAGCGUAUCCGUGCACUGAAUAAUGAUAUUGAGAGCCUGAGAAACGAGCGUCUCAAACUGGAGGCUUUAAUCAAAGAAGCCGAGGAACGCGGCGAGCUGUCACUCAGAGGUGCAAAGGAUAGGAUUGAAGACCUGAAAACUGCCCUCUCCAAUGCACAACAACAGCUGAUGAAACAAGUCCAGGAAUAUGAGGCGCUGCUGCAAGUCAAGUUAUAUCUGGAUGUUGAAAUUUCCACCUACAAGUCUCUGCUGGAGGGAGAGGAGGAAAGGAUGAUAAGUGGGGUAAGAACUCUUAACAUCCAGCAAGUACAGAGCCAAGGUUAUGUUUCGGGGUCUAAUGCCAUCAGUUAUGGAAUGCCUUCAAGUUUUGAAACCUCUCAUUUCGGUUCAGCAAUCUCGACAACUGGCUCUAAAAGCACAAAACGUCUGCUUGUGAGGGAAACUGAGCAGGUAGAUGGAAUUACAGUGUCUUCAACUACAACACCAUUGAUCUAAUGGAUAGAAAGGCUUGUCCACUCUCUGUUUAUGGCCUCCAGACAAAUCAAUUUUCAUCCUACAUCUACGUCUGAGAGUUCAGUUCUAGUUUUGCAUAUUUGGGGAGCCUUCCUUUUGUACUAACACUGGUGAAUCAGCAAAUCCACAGUCGUUUAAGUCUUAAGGGAGUUGUUGGGUAAGAACUUGUCCCAGUCUGUCGACAUUCAGAAAAAUUACUCAUCAGUCUGCCUCAUACAUGCAGCAUGGGUGUCAUAUUAAUUAAUUCUCCUUGUGACUGCCAUGUGAUCCCAGUAGCACUGCAUCUGAUUAUUUGUUAGUGACUUCACCAUUUGGCUGGUAGUAUAAAUUUGACAUCACCAAAAAUCUGGUGGGCAGACAUAUUUUGGGAUUAAUUAGUGUGAAUACUCAGUAUCUCCUUGACGUUCUGUGACUUUGUUCUGGAAAUAUAGAUAUCUAGCUCCUUAAAGGUUAUUUUGGGCUUACAGGAAAACUACCUAAGAUACUUUACUUUAAUUGUUGGGCUCUUUAGAAUAGGAAAUGAUCCAAUGUUUUCUGUAUGGAUCUGUUUCACAUUCUAUAUCUUCUUGUACUAAAGAAUUAUCUUUUCAUCACAUUCUAUGAAAUAUUGAAUAAAUAUGUCUUUUGCAAUUCCAAA